AUGGACUCUGUUCGAAGCCUCGCGCGUCUGCCGACUCUCCGCCUCUCCGCAGGGUCUCUCAGCUUCAGCUUCCUCAAAUAUAUUGUAGUCUUCCUGUUCUUAGCCAAUGCUCGUUCAUGGCCGCUGUCAUGGCACUUCAGGGUGUUUAAGCCCGCCCUGGCUAUGCGUCUGCGAUGGUACAUGCUGCAGUUUCGUCUCUUGCUCAAGCCGACGCACGCCAAGCGAGGGCGAAGGCGAAGUGGUUGGAGGAGCUAUGUCCGGUCGCUUGUUCAAUCCGUGGCCUGUGCUCCAGCACCGGACGACUCCGACUUCAACCUCCAUCUCAGUAACUCAUGUUAUGCCAAGGUGCGCUCUCCCGAACGCAGUGCCGUCUACUGUAACCCACACAUCCAACAGAGUCUGGAUUGCGUCCGGCUGGGAGCCGCGCUGAAGUGCUUUCCGACGCUCUUUCGAGCAGACGGCUGGAUGGCGCUGGGUGCGACGCACUACAAUUUCCUGCGCGAGAUCCCUAUCUUCUCUCCCUACGAAGUGCGCGCGCGGAUCGCAGGCUGGGAUAACAAGUGGGUGUACAUCGUCGCGCGGUACGUCACGCACCCGCGCAAGAAGUCGAAGAAGGCGCAGAAGGUGCUCCCCGCAAACGGCACCCCGACGGGCGAGAUCACGCCGUCCGCGACGCCUCCAACAGACAGCAACGGCAAUGCGCACACAGGCGGCGCGCCCUACCCCGUCCUGCACACGCCCGCGGACCCCAUCGACUCCGAGACCAACGCGAAUGACUCCGGCUCCGGCUCCGGCUCCCCCGACGGGGACGCGCACGUGGUCGCAGAGGCGCUCACACGCGCGAGCACGGUGCACGUCGAGCCCGACGGGGCGACGCUCAACUGCGUGAUCGUGAACGCGCUCUGCUUCAAGAUCGGCCGCAUCACAAUCCCGCCCGCGCUCGCGCUCGCGGUCGAGGGCUUCUGCACCCCCGGGGAGGUGCAGUACUCCCCGAGCAGCCCGCCCCCGUUCUGGGCCGAGGUGCAGAAGCUGAGGGGCGAGGACCCGACGGACUUGCGCAAGCUGCAGAAGUUGUAUGCGGGCGGGUGGCGCGACGUGCCGGAGGAUCAGCGGUGGUGGGAGAAGGCGCUGGAGGGGCUUGAGGAGCGGAGGAAGGUAGGAAUGGAGGUUGUGGGUGCACUGAGAAGGGGGAUGGAGGGCGUGAGGAGCUUGUGA